AUGCUUCAGCCUCGGUCCCUAUAUGUCAAGAACCUGAGUUUCAAGACAACAGAUGAGAGUCUGAGGAAGCAUUUUACUGAACACAUGAAAGGAGGAAGAAUUUUGAGUUUCAAGGUGCAGAAGCACUUGAAAAAUGGGGAAAAAAUUUCUACGGGAUUUGGAUUUCUUGAGUUUGACUCCACCGAGACAGCUACAAAUGUUUGUAGAGAUUUACAGGGGACUGUUUUGGAUGGGCAUGCUCUUACUUUACAACUUUGUCAUGUCAAGAAUGACGGGCAAGUACGAAAGACAGUUGAGAAGGAUAAGAGUUCUACAAAAUUGCUUGUAAGAAAUGUUGCUUUUGAGGCAACUAAGAAGGACCUGAGACAGUUGUUUAGCCCGUUUGGCCAGAUUAAAAGCUUAAGGUUGCCAAAGAAGUUUGGAAGUCAUAGAGGCUUUGCUUUCGUAGAUUAUGUUACUCAGCAGGAGGCACAAACUGCUCUUGAUGCACUCUCAAAAACCCACCUGUAUGGCAGGCGUCCGGUGAUAGAGCGCGCGAAAGAAGGUGAUAGUUUGGAAGAACUAAGGGCUCGCACAGCUGCUCAAUUUAGUGAACAAAAUGGAUUUCAAAAUUCUACUAAAUUAUUGAAGAAAAGGAAGCUCUUUGGAUGAAGAAAAGGUGAAGCUUCAAAGGAUUGCUGAUUAGUACGCCACCAAAGAUUUAAAUAUCCUAAAAUUCAGGGAUGACAAUUUUAUUGUAGAUCGUAAGUUAUAUAUAUAUAUAUAUAUAUAUAUAUAUAUAUAUAUUGCAAUGGUGCUCCUUAAAUGUAUUUAAAUCGUCCGAAAGUUGAAGCAAAAGGAUAUUGUCGUAAGUCAUUUCAGUUUACCUUACUGUUUCUUUGUUGACAUAGUCUGGGUGGAGAUAUUAAGAUCCUUAAUAUCUGAUGGGAAAACUUGGAUGGAGCUGACAUGAAUCGUUUAGCACUCUUUACAGGAGGUAACUAUAUGUGAUUCUUAGCGAUGAUCUUUAAGUGACAUAUGCACGUUGUUUGAUUGGUUCUCAUUGAGCAGAAAAACUGGA